AUGAUAUAUCAAGAUUCCAAUCUGGCUCAACGUAGCCGAUUGUACGAGCGCCUAGAGGAAUUGAAAAAACACAAUGAAGAACGAAAGAGAUCUUUGGAAGUGGAAAAAGUUCUUCGUGGCCAUAAAGAAUUGCAAAAGUCAUUCGCUUACAUGUUGAGAAUAAAAGCUCAUGUUACCCUGCAAGAGCAAUGGGUAAAUGAAGACAGGGAUCGAUUUAAUGCCUGGCUAGAUGGAAAAUAUUUUCCUUACGUUUUCGACUACAAAUCAAUUCCAUUUGAGGAAUGGUUGGUUGAAAAGACUGGGGGGCAAUUUUCCGCUUCGGCCGUAAUCAGACAUCGGCCUAAGAAAAUUGUUAAUUUGGUCGAGGAACAAAGGCCACCUAUCUUUUCGGCCGAGACUAAAAGUGUGGUAGGCCUAGAAGAAAAUGUUCAAGUUUCUGAGCCAAAAAUUGACUCAGAAAAUGAUUCUUUAGAGGAGUGUUCCAAUGACGACCAAUACCGAUACACGACUUCAGACCAUAAAACCACAUCAAUUGAUAUGGUAAUUGGACACAUGGUUUUAGAUGCCGAAACUACGCCAAUCAAUAUGAUUAUUGGUGAUAAAGCCGAUAGGGAGAAAUCCCAUUCGGCUAAGUUGUUCGAGUUGAAAGCCGAAAUUGGCGAAAUUGUUAUGCCUGGGGAGCAUAAUAAUUGUCCAACACAUUUGGCGGCCGAUGCCAAGACCUUUCCUUUCUAGUUUCUAGCGAUGGCCAUGGCUUCUCUGAGCUCUCUCCCUCACUCUCUACAUUCCUCGCCUUCUACUUCUUCUGCAAACCAUGUUAUUCCAAGCAAACCACCCUGCCCAAAACGCCUCCGUUUUCGUUCGUCAAAUCGCCGUCACACCAAAAGCUUUGCUCUGAGAGCAGCUGUGGACGAGGUUUCUGUUCUCGAACCGCCGCCGUCUUCCGGAAGCAAAACCACGCCCAACCCUGAACUUGUAGCGUCUUUAAAGCUCAAGCUAUUGAGUGCUGUUUCUGGGCUAAACAGAGGUCUUGCAGCAUCGGGAGAGGAUCUACAAAAGGCAGAAGCUGCUGCCAAGGAGAUUGAAGCUGCUGGAGGUCCAGUGGAUAUCUCAACUGAUCUUGAUAAACUGCAAGGGAGAUGGAAAUUGAUAUAUAGCAGUGCAUUUUCUUCUCGUACUCUAGGUGGGAGCCGUCCUGGACCUCCCACCGGAAGGCUACUCCCAAUUACCUUAGGCCAGGUAUUUCAACGGAUUGACAUCUUCAGCAAAGACUUUGAUAACAUAGUGGAGCUUGAACUAGGUGCUCCAUGGCCCCUGCCGCCCAUUGAAGCAACUGCCACUUUGGCCCACAAAUUUGAACUCAUAGGAUCUUCCAGGGUUAAGAUCAUUUUUGAGAAAACUACUGUGAAGACUACUGGAAACUUAUCGCAGCUUCCUCCAUUAGAGUUACCUAAGUUACCAGAAGGACUACGACCUCCGUCUAACCCAGGAAGUGGUGAAUUUGACGUAACCUACCUUGAUGCUGAUAUCCGCAUCACCAGAGGAGAUAGAGACGAGCUGAGGGUUUUUGUUGUUUCAUAGUUUUCCUCGCGUCUUCUUGGUGUCGUUUGAUCAUAUGUUGUUACUUCCAAUUGUUGUAUGCAUGAACCGGUGGAUGGAGGUUCCGGGAAAUGUUCAACGAGGAACAACACUGUUUACGUGUAAAUUUUGUAAUCGAUAAAGUGAAUCGUCUUUGUCACUUGGAUUGUAUCUGCAUUGCCCUUUCAAGUGAUAUCUACAGGAGUUUAUAGGCACACUGGCAUUCAGCAGUUUUGCUGCUGGUUUAUCCAAAUUUUGAUGGUUGUGGCCCUUGUGGGGUGUUAGAUAGGAGUUUUAGCUGAAUCUUGACAUGUUUAACACAACAAAUAAAGACAUUACUUUUAUCAACA